AUGUUAUAUCUCAUUUUUUCGCACGGGUGGCUUUCGACGUGGCUGAACUGUCCGGAGAGAUUCGACUCUCGGCUGAGAUGUCGGCGCAACAUCAAAAGGUGUGUGAUGGGCGAAUGUGUGAGGUGGCCGCCUGCGGGCCUGGCUAAAAUGAACAUGCGCUCAUGCAGGCGGAGGGGCGGAAAAAUGGGAGGAGUACCUGGAGAUGGAGGAUCGGCUCUGUCCAGCUAA